CUUGAAAGGUCAACUAUUUUCAGAAAGUAAAUGGGAGGUGAUGUCGGAGCUGUGCUGUGUAUGUCGUCGCGGUAUCAAAUAUUUCCACCGAAAAGUCAGUUAUUUGUUGUGAUGAUUUGUGUCUUGCUGUAAACAGAAAAUGGGUGAGGUCGGCACCAUGUCGUGGGUCGUUCUGGCCGUAGUGCUGUUUCUAACCACCUUCGGGGUCCUGUCGCCAUUUCUGCUUGUCUUCUACGUCGUGGCUUUCUUUGGAGGCGGUGUGACUAUUCUGUAUACCAUCUUUUCUAAGAGGGAAAGCGAGGUGGCCCUCGAUAGAAUCACGCCCAACUUGAAGCUGGAAAACAAGACGAUAGGCGUAGCAAUGAUCGUUGAAAAGUUGCAACAAACCCCUACAACGUACAAGAGCGAUAAACGACUAACGGGAGCCAAGAUAAUUGAUGGUCAAUUACAAGAGGUCUUAUAUCUUGGUUUCCGUGAUUACAUCCACCCUUGGUAUCACCAACUCAGCGACGAGGGACAGUUCUUGUACGAGGUCAGGCAGUGCCUACAGAGCUGCAUCAUCAACUUUGCCACAAAAUCCAAAGAGGUCGACUGGGUCCACUUUUUUACCCGGACCAUGGUGGACGACUUUGCCACUCAUGUACGGAUGUUUCGCAAGGCCCAGGACAAAGUGAAGAAGAUGUCACUGCCUAAAGACCCCUCAGAGCCACUUCCGAGUCUAGAGUCCAUCUUCUUUGACUUUGAGGUGGAAGUUGAGAACGAUGUAUGCCGGGAACUGAUCAGCAUGGAUGAGGGAAAAGAACAAGAAUAUCUUCAGAGCAUCAGUGAGAUCCUACUAUUCCUACUAGUACCAAACACCGAUUUCAGGUGUAAGCCAUUCCGGUUACUGAUGCGUGAAAUCAUCGUCUGCGAGGGCAUCAGACCGCUGAUUGAGAUGGUGACCGAUCCGGAUUAUAUCAAUCAGACGAUUAUUUGGUUUUGUGGCGACAUACCGGUGACGACGGAGGCUUUUCUGACAGUCAUCAAGAUGUGUUGCAGCAUCGAGGAGCUGGAUGCGGUCAUUGAGAUCCUGGAGAGUGAGAUUCAUAAACAGCGAUCCCGAGACGCUAACAGAUCUUACAAGGAUGAGUCGGAUUCCAAACAGCAGCUGAACAGUUUACAGUAUUUGAAGCAGACGUGCAAUGAGACAAUCGCAAGGAUCUUAGCCGGAGAAGACAUCGACACUGCCGAAGAAGCGAAAGACCUAGUUGAUUCCGAGAGGCCUGGUCAGGGUGACGCUAGCAACACGCUAUCACAGCAGAAUUCAGAGGAUGGCUUGGCAUUCAAUAGUCUGUAUUCCUUGCCUCUCAACAUCAUCCUUGUUAAUAACAUAGCUGUAUCGCAUUUCAUCGAUUUCAUGCGGAAUGUUAGCGGCCAGGCUUACGUCUUCUUCUGGCACACGGUGGAAGGCUUCCGAGUCAUGGCGGAGCAGCAACUCUCAGAGAUUCACCUCCAGAGUCUACAGCCGGCCAACAAGAAGAAACAAGAACAAAACGCUAGCUUGGACAUGAUACGCAAAGCAGCGCUAAAUAUCUUCCAAGAGUAUCUCGCUGAAGAUGCAACAAACCGAGUGAAACUCGAGAAGCAAAUCGUCCAGAGGACAAACCAAAGAAUCAAAUCUGACGAGCAGUCAGACACUGUGUUUGACGAAGCCCAGAGAAGGGUGUAUGGGAUCCUGCAACAGGACCGGUUCUUCCCAGCCUUCAAGCAGAGCAACUACUACGUCAAAUGCUUAGAGGAGCUAGACCUCCUGAAGCCUGACGACAACAGCGGACGGUUGGGAGACGACGACAUGACACAGGUGGAUUCCUCGCCUGACAUCAGCAAUGCUGGGUCAUCUGAGGAUUUGUCAUCCAUAGGCAGCCAGGGCUCACUGGAGCAAGUAGGCCUACAAACAAACAACUCUUCCCCCGACAGCACACCUAACAUCACGGCGAUCAUCACACACUCAACUCUAGUCAAAGAAAAAGGCACACCGUACGCGGUGUACGCGAUCCACGUCACGCGGACGGACAGCAAAGGAGUGACUGAAAUAUGGGACGUGUUCAGACGUUUCAGCGAUUUCCACGACCUGCACAUGUGUCUGACGGAACGCUUUGAGAGUCUGUCGUCGCUGACGCUACCAAGCAAGCGAGCCAUCCGUAAUACCACCAAGAGUUUUAUCGACAAGAGGGGGAAGGCUCUGACUGUCUAUCUACAUACGCUACUUAAUGCCGACGUGCACAGCAGCAACCCGGGCAUUCAAGCCAUCAUCUGUAACUUCCUAGAACCGGGGGUGUACAACCGAAGCAAGGGACAGCUGGCAAGAAAGAUGGAUCACCUUGUGAAUCCAUUCAAGACCGGAGUGCGUAACGUGGCCCACACCGUGCGCUCGGUACCCAGCAACCUGGUCGACGGUGUCAACCUGGUAUCCGAUAAGAUGACGGACAGCAUCAACAAAGUCUUCACCAACAAGUCUCGUGAUGAGGAUCUGGAAGACUUUGGUCGGGUCUCGGACGUCAUCAAGGCAGACGACGACGACAACAUUCCACUGAGAAUCAUGCUGCUUCUGAUGGACGAGGUCUUUGAUUUGAAGAGCAAGGAUCAGUGGUUACGACGUCAGGUGGCCACACUGCUCAGACAGAUCAUCAAGGCAGCAUUCGGGAGCAAGAUUAACAGCAAAAUUGUGGAGAGUGUGGAGGGGUUGACAUCACCGGAGCAAGUGGCUGAUUAUGCCAAACAAUUCAGGGAAUCUUUCUGGCCUGGCGGUAUUUUGGCCGAGUCGGCGCCGGAACGCAGCAAGAACGACAAACUACGGACUCUGGUGGCGGCUAAAGUCAAACUCUUUAGCAGUAUACCAGACGAGUUGAAGAAUUUCAUCGGCAACGACACGAGUCGGCGCGGGAUGCUGCGCCUGAUGCAGAUGCUGCAGAAUAAAGUCCUGAACAAACGUCUUCUCUACGUCGUCUUGGAGGGCCUGCUGACCAUCAUCUUCCGAACCAACAAAUUCAAAGAGAUCUUCCGCAAGUUGCACAGCCAGUCGCCGCGGUUGCGACAGCGAAGAGAGAACGGCGGCAGCAGCAGCAGCGGCGGCAAGCUGCAGACGCAGAUGUCGCAGCCGGCCGCAGCGGUGCGCAGGCGGCACUUGGAGCGAUCAGAUACAAGGUGACCCCGGAGGGAGGGGGAGGAGUCAGUGGAACAGCCGGCGUAGCAUCAAGUUUUUACAGUUGCAUUGGCGCGGCACACAGCCUGCCCAAACUGAAGGGCAGGUGAUGCCAGAGGGAGGGGGAGUCAAGGAUAGCACAGCCAGUCUGAUUGAAUAUCAUGUACACAGUGAUGUUGGUUCAUACUGUUAAUCAAAUAAGUGACCCCAGAGGGAGGGAGAGUAAACACCAGAACAGCCACACCAGUUUGCAUAUAACUCACGAUGACAUUGCCAUACAGUCUUGACAUUUUGUAGGGGGAGGAGGUAUGAUUGAUUGAACAGGUAUUCCAAGUAGUUUGCGUGUUGAUUUCCUGGGUUGCAUGGAAGGUAUGUCCCGAUACUGAACCUUAGAUCGAUUCUCCAUCAGAGGGAGGGGGAGUCCAGCAUGGAACAGCCAUACGAGCUUAGUAUUGAAUUCAAACUAGACACAUUGGCAUUGGCGCUCAAUCCCAACAAAUUUGAGGGCAGUAGGUAUAGCUGAUGAAAUGUUUGGGGGGAAAAAAACAGUCGUAGAGUUUUAAAAUGGACCACUUUUUGUAAAUUAGACACUGAACAAAAAUCCACAAAUACUACGAUAAAACACCCAGUCUAGCUUUUAUAUGGAGUCAUGAAUAACAAAAGAAAGUGAAAUUCUGAAGAUGACGAAAAGCAAAGUAGAAAUUGACACAGAUUCCUGAAAAACUAAUGGUCUUUAGAAUGAACAAAAAAAAUAUACCAAAUUUUUCAAUUCUUGACAAAUUCCUGAACUCUAAAAAAAAAAAUUCCAUAUCUGUCCAAAGUGAGUGUAUAUAUUUUAUACCAGACGUGUUAAAUUUUUUGAAAAAAAUCAUGAAUAUUUUCAAAAAAGAUUAUGUCAUUCACGGAAUUUAUUUUGUGAGUACUCUUGCCCUGCGUGUUGUGUUUGUAUUUUUAGUCGAAAAAUUCUGGCCUGAAAAAUAAGCUGUACAUAAGAGUGGUGUGGCAAAAAUUGUAUAAAAAUUCUAAAAAUUAUACCGAGAAGGGUGUAGGAAAUAGCGACCAAGCCUGAAACCAUUUUUGAACGUUCCUCCAUCAGGAAUUUUUAAAAGGAGUCUUACUUAGGAACAAAAUCAGUAUUUUUUUUUUUUUUUUUAAAAGGAGUGUUGUGUGUGACAAGUUUUCUGAAUGAGAAAGUGAGAGCGUUUGUAAUUUGAGUGUCGCCCUCUAGUGUCGAAUCCUGAUUACUUUUUCCCACAACAAAGGGAGAGGGUUUAAUUACAGGAACGAUCGAUAAAAAAAAUGAAAAAUAUGAGAAAAUGCAAUAAUCAAGUGGUGCAGCAUGUAUAUACAUUUUUCAGCCAUGUUUUCUUGUACCGACACACAUUUUUUGUGGGAGGAACUAUUUUGUAACGCACAAUGUUUAAAUCGGUGUGUCCACAAUUCCAAAUGUUUUCUGUAGACGACCAAAAGCAUUUCUAUCACUUCUGUUUUUAAUCGGGCCGGGGAAAUAAUUUCUUUUGUAUUGUAGACAAUUCGGGGGCCAAUUUGUAUGGAGCUGUAGACACAAAUUAAUGUCAACACUGAAAAGUUUCGGUUAACAAAAAAUGUACUGCACCUUUAAAAAAUUUUUUUAAAUCUCCAGACACUGAGUCCCUUUAACAUCAUAUUCAAGGUUACUUGUUUACACAAUUGAAGUAAUUUUGUUUUUCCUUGGUUUAAGAACAAAAUGGAACGAUUUUCAGCAUUUUAAAAAGUAACUCAUAUUCUGUAUUACUAUUUUUAUGCAUCAUUUUACAGCUUAGCUAUGCAAACAAGGCCAAACUAUCAUCCCACCUUUGAAACACUGCAAAGCAAAUAUGAAAUCACUGCACUGUGACUACACGUAGUUGAUGCGCGUCAUUCCCAAUGCAUUAUGGGAUUUUUACAGCAAGGUAAUUUCUCGAAAACUUUAGCCGUU